CUCUUUUUUACUUUAUUUUUCUUUUUGCAACAUAUUCUCGAUGACAAAAAUUGUAGAUAAAGCAAUACUAGGCAUAGGUCCUAUCUUUAUAGUAAUAGCAGUAGGACUGCUUGAUAUGUGUGUACUUGCUUACUAUUUGGUUGUAUUUCCAUACAGUCAUCCAUGGACAGAUACCUCUUUAAUCUACAAAAUAUACAACUGUUUUGUCUUGAUGUUCACUCUUUAUAUUGUAUACUCAAUACACUUUCAUUAUUAUAUGGCUAUCACUACACCACCGGGAGAUAUGAAAGAAUAUAAAAAAUAUAAAGAAGAAACAGAGGAAGAGAGUAAUGCCUCAAUGAGAACAAUGUUGUUGGAAAUGGAAGAACAUGCCCAAUUCCCAAAGACAUGUAAAAAAUGCCACUUACCAAAACCAGAAAGGGCUCACCACUGCAGUGUAUGCAACACCUGUAUAUUAAAAUUUGACCAUCACUGCCCAUGGAUUCAUAAUUGUGUUGGGCACUUUAAUCAUCGAUAUUUUGUAUUGUUUAUGACAUAUCUCGUAUUCGCAGCUGUAUAUUUUGUCAUAUGCGGAUGGAGACCGUUUAUGCUCUGCAUGGAUUUUACAGAUCUUGAUUGGCCCUACUAUUUUCCUAGAGCAUUGCUUGCAUUUUCGUUUAUAUUGGCUGUUUGUAUGGGACUUGCUAUAGGCGCUUUAUGCGGAUGGCAUUACUAUUUGAUUAUGACAGCUCAGACGACAGUCGAAUUCUAUAAUAAUCACUAUGACAGAGCAGUUUGUAAAUCACAGGGAGAAAUAUUUGUAAACAUGUAUGAUUUCGGUAUUUUAGAGAAUUUGAAACGUUUCUUCAAUGUUUGCGAUCAAUACCCUUGGUACAAUAUAUUUUUGCCGAUCCCUGUUCCCCCAAGAGGCACAGGAAGAGUAUUUGAAAAAUGUCAAGAGUUCUAUACAUUACCUGAAUCAAGUCAAAGAGCUCAUAUUAUAUCGCAACAAGAGUGUCAAGACAUUGAAGACCUUAAGGAUAUUUAAUAAAUAUAUAGAAUGAAUUAUUCCCAAUUCACGCGAAAAUAUAGCAAUAUACUAUCUUUCCGUCAUUUUUCCGCCUUUUUUCUAUCCUCUCUUUUUCCUACUAUGGAACUUCUUUCAGGACUCUAGCAUUUCUUUUUUAAAUGAAAAAGCG